GAAUAAAGCUAAAAUCUGUGUCCUUCUGCUCAAGCUCUGUAUCACUACCAUCAAAAUUGGACAUCUUUGCACAAGAUAAAGAGUAGAGACUAGAGUAAAAGUUUUACAAGUUACAAGUAGUCAUACUGUCAUAGACAGUCCACUAUUCUUGGUUAUUUUGCUUCGCUCAAGUGUUGCAUUCAGACACUCCUGAAUGGAGCCUGGAGCUACCAGGAGGACGAACCGGUUUUCUUCAUAUGAGAGGUUGGUGGCCAUCGGGUUGGCGCUUCUAGCUGUGCUUUCUCCCCUCUAUAUUGACCGCACAACAGAAGACGAUUCAGAACUUGACUUGCAAGAGCCCAUCAAUUUUGCUGCUUGGCUGCCUCUGCUGCUCGUGGUGUUGAUCUUGGCCAUCACUCUGUCGCUUUACUUGGACCGAAGCUUUACCAGUGUAAAGCUUCAGUCUGGAACUGGGAGGCUAAGCUCAACUCUAUUUGCAGUACUGGUUUGUCUGCUAUGUUACUUGGCAACUGUUUUUACAGGGCAAACUCCAUGCAUCUUUCUAUAA